AGGUAUCAGAGGAGGCAGGAAUCAAAUCAAACAAAACCCUUUCUUUCCAGUAAGUGCACAACCGUUUGCUUCAUUCCCAGCAAACCAUCUUUGCCCUGUGUCCACCACUGUGCCAGGGGCUCUGGAAAAAUCCAGAAAAUCCAGAGAAAGGGAGACAGACCCCAGAUUCCCAUCCCUGACACCCACAACGUAGGCAGCUGGCAGAUGUUUCAGUUCAGCCAGGAAAGUGACCGAAAGUUUGGCUAUGGGACCCAGCAGGUCAAGCCGUUCUAAAUGAGAAAUUAGGACGAACGUUCCCAUUGGGCAGGGGUUUGUUAAGUCAUCACGAAAAGGGGUGGAAUCUCUUAUUUCGUGAGGGCAUUAAUAAGAGCAAUCUUGCUCUGGAGGGAAAGAUCUUUAAGAGUUCUUCACUCAGGAGCAGCAGUGAGGGUGGCAUCAAAGAGUCCACGGUUCCGUGAAGGUCAUUCAUUAACUCUGCUACUUUGAUGAGUUGGAACCUCUAAGCUUCCAAGGAUGGCAUUUCACUGGAAGAGAGUGGCCAGCUCUUAACCAGGAGCACAUGGGUGAGAGAGAAGAGGGAACCUGUGUUCCAGGGGAGACAGCAGCAGCUAACAGGGCGCUAAGGAUGCUAAUGAGCGCCAACAGGGACUUAGCUCCGACGGGGCCCGGAACCUAAACGUUAGUACAAGAGGAGGGAAGGCCUCAAACAAAAGGGAAACACUGCGAAUCAAGCUGGGAAAUGGGACGCGGGAAAUGGCCUCAGCUUCUCACUCAGGCAGAAAGGAGGGCUUCCUGGAGCUGGCAAGGGCGGGGACGCUGGAGCAGGCAUCCCGGAUUCCACUUAUCAAAGGUGCAGCCACACAGCUUCUAGGAUCUCUUCCCGCCAUGAGAUGGAAAUGUUUCCCGAGGGCUGACGCCGACGGCAAGAUCGUUUGCAUCGGGCUUUCCCCCAAGUCUCCUCCCCCAGCCCCUUCACCAGCGCCUCAGGCAUGGGGCUGGAAACGCGGGCCGGAACAGAAAGGAAGGCAGGAAGCAACCGGCCAGAUCGCCCGACCCUCACGUGCCCGACGUCGAGGGAGCUUCCCGGCCGGGUCCGGGCCUCCGAGGUCGGCGAGCACUUCUGGGGCGCGGGGCCUCCCUGCGAGGUUGGACUCGGUGGAGCCUGCGGACAGCAGCCUGGAGGGCGCUGACUCAGUUUCACCAGAAACUAGGAGGAGGAGGUGGCCGAUCCAGCGCACCGGGCAGCGGGGCGGAAGCGGCGGGCCGAGCCGCGCAGGAAGGCGGGACCGGAACCUCGGCAGGCCCGGCCCCACCCCACUCACCUGCGCAGGUCUCAAGCACCCUUGGGGCCCAGAGGCCCGCACUGUGAAGGUGACCCCCGUGGGGAGGAGGGCGACGGCCCCUGGGAGGACGAUGGCCGGCGCCCACCUCUCCCAGGCCCUCAUCCCAGCGGUCCUGGUUUGGCUCCUAUGCGAGCUCGGCCUCCGGGGCACCCAGGCCGGGCCGCCGCCCGAGCCCCCUGGGCUGCCCGCGGGACCCGCCUGCCUGGACCGCUUCACCGCCGGGGUGCCUGACUUCGUGCUCGACACCGAGGCCUCGGUCAGCAACGGGGCCACUUUCCUGGGCUCCCCGACCGUCCGCCGCGGCUGGGACUGCGUGCGCGCCUGCUGCACCACUCAGAACUGCAACUUGGCGCUGGUGGAGCUGCACUCCGACGGCGGGGAGGACGCCAUCGCCACCUGCUUCCUCAUGGACUGCCUCUACGAGCAGAACUUCGUGUGCAAGUUCGCGCCCAGGGAGGGCUUCAUCAACUACCUCACGCGGGAGGUUUACCGCUCCUACCGCGAGCUGCGGACCCAGGGCUUUGGAGGGUCCGGGAUCCCCAGGAUCUGGGCAGGCGUGGACUUGAAGGUGCAGCCCCAGGAACCCCUGGUGCUGAAGGGUGUGGGGACCACAGAUUGGCACCUACUGCAGGGUGACACGGACGUCAGGGUAGAGAAGAAUGAUCUGGACCAAGUGGAGCUGUGGGGACUUAAGGAGGGCACCUACCUGUUCCAGCUGAGAGCUGGCUCAGACCAGCCAGACAGCACGACCAACAUCACCAUCACCGUGCUAUCCGCCAAGCAGACAGAAGAAUAUUGCCUCGCAUCCAGCAAGGUGGGGCGCUGCCGUGGUUCCUUCCCCCGCUGGUACUACGACCCCACAGAACAGAUCUGCAAGAGUUUUGUUUAUGGAGGUUGCUUGGGCAACAAGAACAACUACCUUCGGGAAGAAGAGUGCAAGCUGGCCUGCCGCGAUGUGCAAGGUCCAUCCGUGGAAAGGCACCAUCCAGUGUGCUCAGGCACCUGUCCCUCCACCAAGUUCCGCUGCAGCGAUGGCUGUUGCAUCGACAGCUUCUUGGAGUGUGACGACACUCCCGACUGCCCCGAUGCCUCCGAUGAGGCCACCUGUGACAAAUACACCAGUGGCUUCGAGGAGCUCCAGAACAUCCAUUUCCAUAGUGACAAAGGGCACUGCGUGGACCUGCCGGACACAGGCCUCUGCUUGGAGAGCAUCCCACGCUGGUACUACAACCCCUUCAGUGAACGCUGCGCCCGCUUUACCUAUGGCGGUUGUUAUGGCAACAAGAACAACUUUGAGGAGGAGCAGCAGUGCCUUGAGUCCUGCCGUGGCAUCUCCAAGAAGGAUGUAUUUGGUCUUCGGCGGGAAAGCCACAUUCCCAGCGUAGGCUCCGUGGAGGUUGCCGUUGCAGUGCUCUUAGUCACCUGCAUUGUGGUGGUGGUAGCCAUCCUGGGUUACUGCUUCAUCAAGAACCAGAGAAAGAGCUUCCACAGACACCACCACCGCCGCCCUCCGCCUCCUACCCCCACCAGCUCCACAGUCUCCACCACUGAGGACACGGAGCACCUGGUCUAUAACCACACGACCCGACCCCUCUGAGCUGGAGUUGCCUUGGCCCUUUGGCCUGGGCCUCUCGCCAGCUCUCACCUGGCCCUGCUUCCUCCUUGCCUAGGUGGAGGCUGGGCUGGGGAAGACUUUGGGACUAGACUCCUCUAGCCUGUUUCCCGGGACCAUUCUGCCUCAGAGGCCAGGGCUCCAGCCCCACCUGAAGGUGUCUCAGCUGUGCUCAGGCUAUUUGCUCCUGAGGAAGCUCAAGGGUCCAAGAGGAGCAGAAAACCUUUGAGUCAGGAGUCCCACACACAGAUGGACCUCUCUGCCUAGGAUUUUGGAGGAAGUCAGAGUUUGAUUCCUGUUCAGAGCUGCCUGCCCUGACCCCAUGGCGUUGGGAAGGGGCCUGGGGCUGUGUUGGAAGUUGGAGGCCCCAACCCAGUCCUCCUGAGCUGCCCCUCCCACUCUGCCCAGUCCAGAGCUGGGGGGAGGGACCUCCAUAUUUUGUGCUGUACAGAGUUGCUUUUUGGUUAUUUAAUGCUGUGGGGGUGGGUGAGAGGAGUGGAAAGUGCUGGUCUGGCCUCUGCCGCUUCUCCUUUCCCCAAGAGUGGGCCCCAGCCUGGCCUGGCCUGGCUCACAGGGCCAGAUCCAUGGCAUCCUCCCGGCACCCUCCAGGGCUCCCCUACUUCCCACAGGCCUAAGUCCACGCAUAGUGUAAUAAAUGGUUUGUCCUGUGA